AUGUCAUUGGAAUUUGCGCCAUGGACUGUAAGGCGCGUUCAAAGCCCAUGAGAAAUAUUUUAAACAAGCUCCUCGAUUAUAACGAAUUUGAGACCGUAAUAUUUGGUGACAAGGUUAUUUUGGAUGAAGAUGUCGAGAAUUGGCCUGUCUGCGAUUUCUUUAUUUCAUUCUUUUCCACCGGUUUUCCCCUGGACAAGGCGAUCGAGUACGUUAAAUUGCGAAAGCCUUUCUGCGUGAACGAUUUGCCUAUGCAAAAGAUCCUGUGGGACAGACGCCUAGUCUUGCAAUUACUAGAUAUCCUUGGUGUUCCUACUCCGAAACGCUUGAUCGCCAGUAAAGAUGGAGGACCAAAGAUCGAUCCGGAUGUGAUGUCUCGGGUGCUAAAAAAUGUGGGAACGCAGCUCGAGCAAACCCCGUGCCCUCCCGCAAAAGUUGAGAUGAUCAACUCUGAUACCAUUAUUGUUGACGGUCAAAAAUUGCGAAAACCUUUUGUUGAAAAGCCCAGUAGUGGUGAAGAUCAUAAUAUAAAUAUAUAUUACCCUUCGGAAAUGGGUGGGGGUGGACGUCGACUUUUUCGAAAGGUGUCUGACAAAUCGAGUGAAUACGAUCCACAUUUGUCGGAACCUCGUACCGAUGGUUCGUACAUUUAUGAACAAUUCAUGAACGUGGAUCAUGCGGAAGACAUAAAAGUAUACACAAUCGGCCCUUACUACGCCCACGCAGAGACACGAAAGUCACCAGUAGUCGAUGGUCUUGUACAUCGCAACAAUGAUGGGAAGGAGGUUCGCUAUGUUACAACCCUUACGCCCGAAGAAAAAAAUAUCGCAAGUGAAAUUUGUCUCGCCUUUGGUCAAACGGUGUGCGGGUUUGACUUGCUCAGAGUCAAUGGACGAUCCUAUGUUAUCGACGUAAACGGUUGGUCUUUUGUAAAGGGCAACGAUGAUUAUUACAACAAUUGCACGCGGAUCCUAAGGAACUUGUUCUUGAACGCUAUUCGACGACGAAAGGUUAAAAUCGAUACAAUACCCAAUGAGCUUUACUUUGAAAAUUCUUGGCGUCUUAAAUCCUUCAUAUCGGUGCUUCGACACGCGGAUCGUACUCCGAAGCAAAAGAUGAAAUUCAAUUUUCGGAGCAGUCCAUUUAUCGAAUUGCUGUGCACCUCAACUGAUGAUGAUGUUUUAUUUCGAAAGGAAGCCGAAUUAAAAAAGGUGUCGAGAGCCGUGGAGGAGGCCAUAAAGCUGAGAUGCGAGGAUUUGACGAAACUAGAGCAGCUCAAAUUAAUAUUGCAAAUGAAGAAAGAUCUUCCGGGAACAAAAGUUCAAGUAAAACCUUCGUACAAUAAGAUUGAUGGAUCAUUUGUGGAGCUUCAACUCAUUGUCAAAUGGGGUGGCGAGUUCACGCAUUCGGCUCGAUAUCAAUCACGGGAUGCCGGAGAAAACUUACGAAAAGAUUUAUUGGUAUUGAAUCGAAAUGUCGUUAACGAUGUCAAGAUAUAUGGAACUAUUGAGGUCCACAGGGAAAUGCUGGAUGACAGCAACGCGGCGAGAGAACAGAUGGAAAAUGCAAAAAUUCAUCUAUGCCGACUUUUAAACGUAAGGGAAAUGUCCGAGCCACACGUUCUCAUCAAAGAAGUUGCGGACAUCAUAGAACAUCUUCGACAAACAAUGCGGAAGAAUUUUGAGAGUAUGAAUUAUGAAAGUAUUCAAUUACGCUGGUGUUGCUCUGAAAAUCCACUACUUUUCAGGGAACGUUGGGAGAAGUUAUUUAGGAAUUUCUACGAUUCCGAUCGUCAAGAGUUUGAUCCGAGUAAAAUAUCGGAACUAUAUGAUUCAAUCAAGUACGACGCAUUGCACAACCGGCAAUUCUUGGAAACUAUUUUUGCCAACCAAAAUGAAGGAAACAAGAGCCCACCAUUGAUCAAGGAGUUGUAUCGGCGCGCGAAAAUCCUAUUCGAUCAUAUAGCUCCGCAAGAGUAUGGAGUUGAAAAUGAUGACAAACUUCAAAUCGGUCUGUUGGUAUCGAGUCUGUUGUUAAAGAACAUCAUAAAAAAUUUAGAGGAUUCCAAGUCAAGUCCCGCGCCAUGCACCAGGCUAUAUUUCACAAAAGGCCUUCCCGUGAGGAUUUCCAAGAAUGAUGUGCCCGAAUUAGACUGUAAAUAUCCUGAUGAUAGACAACAAUACAAUCACGAUGGAUAA